GUCUUGAGGACUGCAGCUUCGUCUUCUGUUGACGUUCAAACGUUCAGCUGGACGUAGGCUUUGAAAAUUUCUGCUUCUACGUUCGGAUUCAAGCUUCCACUGGGACCAAACAGCAUGUGGUCGACUGCUCGUGAGAUCGCAGAAGGCGACCUUGUAAUUGUCUGGAUGACCCGUGAUCUUGUCCAACCGCUUGCCAUCUCCUCGGGAAAAGAGCUAAACACCAGGUUCGGCGUAUAUCGCCAUGCGGAGCUGAUUGGUGUUCCUUACGGUUCAAAAAUUGGCUCUCGAAAUGGCAAAGGCUUUAUUCAUCUUCUGCGGCCAACACCAGAGUUGUGGACACUUGCUCUGCCUCACCGAACACAGAUUCUCUAUCUGGCGGAUAUCGCCUUCAUCACUUCCUGGCUAGACAUCAAGCCAGGGAGUCAUGUAAUUGAAGCCGGUACCGGUUCAGGUUCAUUCUCUCAUUCCACCGCACGCACUGUUGGCCCAACUGGUCACCUGUGGUCGUAUGAAUUCCACGAGGCGCGUGCCAACAAAGCCAGAGAAGAAUUCUCCAGCCAUGGUAUGGAUGAGAUUGUUACGUUAACACACCGGAACGUUUGCAAGGAGGGAUUCACAGUGGUGGAUACUGUAGACUCAGUAUUUUUGGAUUUGCCUGCACCCUGGGACGCCGUUGAACAUGCCAAGAAGGCCCUUCGCAAGGAUCGCGCUACGCGGAUAUGUUGCUUCAGCCCAUGUAUGGAACAAGUCCAGCGGACUAUCAUCGCUCUGAAUGAUGCCGGCUUCACUGAAAUCACCAUGUACGAAACAUUAAUCCGCCCCCACCAAGUCGACGUGACCCCGCCACUGCCUACCGUCAGCACCAUCGGCAACCAACUGAAGGAAAUGGAGGCACGCCGCGAGGCAAAGCGUCUUCGACAGAUUGCAAAUUCCCGCUCAAGAGGAGACAAGCGCAAACGCGAAGAGACAGAGGACAGCGCUGAGGACCAAUCAGCAGAAAAGCGACACGCAGAUGAAGUAGAUGGUUCUGGUAAGAGGGUCAGGACGGAAGUGUCUGUAACACAGGAGUUGGAUGCAACCCUCACUGAACAACCAACGACAGCACGUAGAGCAAACGCCGUGACAACAACAUCAGACGCAGGUGCCGGGCCAGGAACUGAUGGUCAAAACCUCACCGCUCAUGUCGUAAAAGAGGAGACUCCGGAAUCGGGUUUGCCGCCCUCGAAACCGAGUGUUUCAAAAGCCUUCCCAGAAGUCCGAGGACACACGUCCUACCUGACGUUCGCAAUUUUGCUUCCUGCCUCAGCGAUCGCGGAAGCUUCUACCAACAUGGAGUCGCCUACAACGGAGCCUACACCUGAAGCAGAGGUUACACCCGCAACCUCAUGACACAGGCAUUGGACGCCGCCUCAUAGGAUACCGUUUAGUCCGUCUACGAAAGGGUACAUUAAAUGGUGUGUAUAGUAGCUGAACAUACGUCUAGAGUACUAGUGUGGGUAGAUAUGAUAUUGUAUAACAUACAAACUUGGUAUACAGGGACGGAGAUGAAAAGGCACAGGAGUCACUCUGCUACAGCCUUCCGGUAUGCCUCCUCCAACUCCCUUUCCUCCGCUAACAUGCUUUCACUCUUCCCCUUUCGAGCACGGAGCACUCGAUCAGAUUUCACCACCGGCGGUGGAGCCGGUUUUACUCGUGUCCGUUUCGAUGGCUCCGUUUGCGAGACUUUUGAGGCGUCUUCUCCUUUGCUGUCUUGGCAGAACGAGGAGUGCUAGUGCCGCUACGAGUACGUGCUCUGCUUCUGGGAGUACUCUUCCCGCUGGCCUUUUCGAGAGCACGUUGAGCAACAGAUGGAGGUGGAGGUGAAGGGAAAUAUUCGACCUCGUCGACGAGCGGUGCCUCUUUCGGUUGACGUUCAGCGGCCUCGGCCAGUUCACGCAUCGACAUUGGUACUCCACCAAUAGCUGCUCCGCCGUUGGGUAUGGGAACUACUUCCAGCUCUUCCUCGCCUUCGCUAUCUGGGAUUUCUUCCAGGGAUAAUGGUACGCCAUUAGAUGGACCGGCAUGUUCCUGGACGUUGUCGGCGGCACUGGGCGGUUGCAACGAUGAUGGUGAUGGUGACUUCGGUGCAGCGUAUACACUGCGAGGCAACGAAUACGGCUGUACGACGUCGUCCGCACUGGUGAGGAAGCCACCAGCAGCUGGUACAUGCUAUUUUUCUUUCUUUCAAUUCCAUCAAAGACCUUCAGCUUCC